AUGCCGCCAACAGUGAUUAAAUCGAGCUGCAAAAUUAACUUUGCUAACUUUCCUUUCGAUUCCCAGCAAUGCUCGUUGAAGUUUGGAUCAUGGACGUAUUCAGGAUUAUAUCUUGACUUGCGGAAUGAUUCCGUUAUUUUAGGCACCUAUAAGCCUAAUGGAGAGUGGGAAAUACUAGACUUCACCUCAAAACGGUCUAUAUUUCAUUACGAAUGCUGCCCAGAACCGUAUUACGAUAUAACUUUUACCAUAACUAUGAGGAGACAAACACUCUAUUACGGAAUGAAUCUUGUUCUACCGAGCAUGUUAAUUUCUGCUCUUGCACUUUUUGGUUUCGCAUUACCGCCAGACUCCCGAGAAAGGCUCAGUCUAGGUGGGAAACUUAUCUGA